CUUCUACAAUGUUGCGUCCCUAGUAAGAUAGAUCGGCUCUACGGAGCAGGCGUUGUUCAAUGUGCCUCAGUCCCACCAGUCUCUUUUUCACCCCUGCCCCGUCGCAAUACUCCCACAUAUCCGCCUGCGCAACGGGUGUGUUCGUUAGCUCCUAGGUUCUCCGCGGUUUAAUGCAUGCCAGUCCUUAUCCAAGUCAAUCAAAAAAGUAGAUCAUUAGAUUUAUGGCAGGUGUUUCCCCUGUGGGCCGGCUACCCGUGGCGUUUCAUGGCGCUGCGUUUACUAAAAAGACUCACUUGGAUAGUUGUUAGCAUUGGCUCUGACCCAUCUUCAUUCUCUUGAUCUGUUAUUUCACAAGAACAUCCGCCGCUGAAUUUCUAAUAAGCCAUAAUAAUCUAUGGUGGCCUCGUCAGUUACGAUGUCCUCAGCAGUGGACGAAGAAUUCGAGAUAAUUAUCUGCGGAUGUGGUCCUACAGGCGCGCUGCUCUCUGCAAACCUAGGACGACUAGGUGUGAGACAUCUUAUCCUAGAGAAGGAGUCAGAUAUAACGACGGAUCCUAGAGGGAUUGUCUUAGAUGAAGACGGGAUUCGUAGCCUUCAAGGUGUUGGGAAAUAUGAGGCGCUCUUUCGAGAUGUAGGGAAAUCUGUGGGAAUGUUCCGCUUCAUUGAGGGAGGAAAAGGCCUUACAUGCAAGCCAUUCCUGCAGAUCAACCAAGAUACUAUAACCGGAGGCACCGGCCACGUAGGAUUUAUGAGCCACAAACAACCAGCAUUGGAAAACCAGUUGAGACUUGCCAUGAACAAGACAUUUUGCAAUUUAAGAUCAAAUUCAACUGUCGUCGCAAUCGAAGAGGUCGAAGAAUACGUCUAUGUCGAGUAUAGAGAUGGAGCCGGUCAAAAUCGAAAGGUACGCGCUAAGUUUCUGGUCGGCGCAGACGGAAAAACUGGUUUUACGAGAAAGAAUUACCUCGAACCUCGCGGGGUCAUCAUGGAAAAAAGCAGGGAGUUUCACUACGAGGCGAUUUGGGUUGCCUUGAACUGGCGUUUAGUUCUGCCCAAUCCAAAAUCACACCCUAAGUUUCCUCUUUGGGACCUAGGUUACACCCCAGAAGAGGUGUACGAUUUAUUUUUCCCUCCAUAUUUCAACUUCAUAUGUGAUCCUGCCAGACCCUCAGUUUGUGGUCGAUUUGGGCGCACUGAAGAUCGAUUAUGGCGGUUCGAAUUUGUGGUUAAGGAAGGUGAAGACAAAAACCAAAUGUCAUCACAAGAAGAGACGAGGAGGAUUAUACUCCCAUAUCUACGCCAUCCAGGCAAGAAAUACGGCCUACCAGAAGAUGUAUCUUGGCCAGAAGAUUGUAUCGAAUGCAUACGAUCCCGCCCCUUUUCAUUCUCGGCAAGAAGUUGCAAUCGCUGGUCCUUGGGGCGCGUGAUCCUCUGCGGUGACGCUGCUCACGUUUUCCCACCAUUUGGAGGGCAGGGCAUCGCGUCCGGAUUUCGAGAUGCUACAUCACUCGCCUGGCGGCUUCGCCUCGCCAUCAACCCAUCCUGCAAGGACUACGACUUCCUCCUCCGCGGCUGGUACGCGGAACGAAAGCAGCAACUCGAACGUUCCUUGGCAGCCACGAUUGCAAAUGGGGAAUACUGCAAUGAGCCAUCCCGGAUAAAGGCGUUCGUGCGGAAAUGGGUGCUUUGGGCUGUACAGCUUGUGCCAGCCUGGAGACAACAGUUGGAACUAGGCCCUAGAGCCCAAGGCAUGACGAAGUACGACUGGGUUCCAGGGAUGCCGUUCUUGCCCCAAUUUGGAGGCGGAAAGUCCUUCCCCCAAGUCUUUUGCGCGCCUAUUAAUGGACCAGCGCCGCCCAUUCCAAUGUUCACAGACGAUGCAGUAUUCAAAGCUGAGAAGAACGGCUGUUUUCAGAUUGUCGCGCUUCUUGAUUCGUUGCAACAGCUUCCUGUCGCACUAGAAGAGGUCAAGAGUGUAACCACCCAAAUCGGGAAUGGCGACAUUUUAGACUCAAUGGAGACAACCUACUUGAUCCAGAACCAACGCGGCAGCGCCGCAGGACCAGCAUCUGCCCAUCUCGACUUACUGCAGGAUACGAGCACUUGUGUACGCAUCAUUGAUGCUGAAGAAUAUACUGCCGCCGGGGCAGGAACAACAGGCUUUACGAGGCCAAACCCGCUAUACUAUGACGCGAACCGGAUAAGGAAGGAUCUAGGUGCGAAUGCAAGGUACAUAAUCGUGAGAUGGGAUCGCAUGGUUUUUGCGGCGUGUAAGGAUGCUGCGGAGUUACAGAAGGCAAUAUGUCUUGUUGACGGCUGUCUUAAUGGUAGUGCAAAUUAG